AUGCAAUCCUUAACUCGACUGCUGUGUCAGACAGUUCUGAGGCGAAAUGUGAAUUGUCGCUUACCAGGACUAUCGCGUUGUUCGUUGAGUGCAUCUAAAAGUUCACACUCCGAUGAGAGCAAGUCCGUUCAGCCGGUAUCGGGCAUCUCUACAUCUCAAGAAGACGUUUAUGAGAUCCAAGAUGUGGAUCCGGAACAACAGUGGGAAGAAGAUCCCGAGUUUGACUAUGCAUCCCUGGUUCCAGUGGCUUCAGAUUACGAUUUCAUCUCAACCGAUGGUAGUGAAUCUGCCGAUAUAAUUAUCAUAUAAAAUUUUUCCAGUUACAGGAGAUUCAUACGCUUCUGCAGCAAGAGAAUAUACGCGAUCCGAUAUGCAUCCGACUUCCACCGAACCACAUCACCGACUUCAUGGUCAUUGGCAGUGGUGUGUCGAGGACUCAUGUUAGAUCCACGGCAGCACUCGUCUACAAGAUUUUAAAAUUCAAACGAAAGCACAGUUCGCUUGGCUUACCACGAGUGGAAGGCCUUGACGGAUCUGGCGACUGGAUCGCUCUAAAUCUAGGAAAUAUUCUACUGCAUUUGUUCAUGCCGACGGUUCGCGCCCGUUAUGACCUGGAAUCUUUGUGGGCCGCAGGACCGCAGUUCGAUGAAGCCGUUCAUGGAGUCGGUCGAUCAACUGAAAGAGAGAACGAUACCUAUGCAAAGAUAGUGGAUUGGGAUCAACUGAUCAGAGAAGUCAGACAGAACCUCCCUAAUAGUAGAGACCCUGAUCAGCGGGGU